AUGGCAUUGGUCAAAGCCCACGACAAAGACUGGCAAUUGGUGUUAUCAAACACCUCUAAUCAGAUAGUACUCUACCAUCCACCCACGAAAUCACUUAAAGUUACUCAAUCACUCAACCCACAAACCCAACACGACUCAAUCUGCCCCAAUUGUCUACGCCCGAUGCAGCCAGAUCCUGCCGAUGAUAUUCCACCUACCACCAACUACUUCCGCUUGCUUAGUGAGCUUGAAGGUGCGCGUACACCUCCUUAUACGAAAACAUACCAGAAACCACCAUAUCAGAAGCGUAAUUCGAUAGCAGAUGUUCAGCCAGCUAAAGCAGAUUCCCCUCGUAAUCCCACUCACUCUUACCACUCGCACGCACAUGACGUCACAUCACGCGUCGACGGCUAUUAUGCGAAAUUCUUCGUCGAAUUGCGGCAAAUAGGUCGUGGUGCAUAUGCCAGUGUACAUCUCUGUCAGCACACGCUGAACGAUAACGCACUGGGUCUAUAUGCAGUGAAGAAGGUGGCUGUCGGGCUGUCCUCUGCGUACCUCACCAGGGCACUGCAGGAGGUAAAGCUGCUCGAGAGUCUGCGCCACCCGCAUAUUGUCGACUACCACCAUUCAUGGGUCGAGUUGGCGACGCUCACCCAGUUUGGCCCUCGCGUUCCAACUCUCUACCUCCUCAUGUCUUUUGCGAAUGGCGGGAGUCUGGCUGAGCUGAUAUAUGAGCGCCGUGGUGGGAAUGCGGAGGGUGUGGAUAAAGCACAUUUGCCCUCCAACUCACAUUCACAGUCACGCUCAUACACAAAUGAAAAUUUUAUUGCCGAGACACGCAAGCAACGGAGACAGAAGAGGCAGAACUCAAUUCACUCGGCGCACUCAACAGAUACUCACACCAACAAUAACACUGAUACCCCCGCCCCCACCCCAACACAUCAACACCUCCGCAAAGAAGAGCUCCUCCAACUGCUCAAACACAUCACUGAUGGUCUCGACUUCCUGCACAGCAAAGGAAUUAUGCACCUCGAUCUCAAGCCGGCGAAUGUGCUGCUAAGUUGGGAUGAUGUUGGUGAUAGCAGCAAUCCUUCUGCUGUUCCUCGCGCAAUGCUCUCUGAUUUCGGCUCAUCCUUGUCACUGGCAGGGGUUAGAGGAGGUAAUGGAGAUAUCGACAAAGCAACGGCCCAACGUACAGGGCAGACUGGGACGAUGGAGUAUGCUUCCCCGGAAGCGUUGCACGUCGAUGCAAACGGUCAUCUCACGCAGCAGCACUCAUUCACGCAGGACAUGUGGUCUCUAGGGAUGAUAAUGCACGAGAUGAUCUUCCUAGCUCUCCCUUGGCACACUGUGGGUGACUGUGGGGCGACGGACUACGACGUGCUUUCUGCGGAAAUAGCCAAUUAUAGAGGCUUCAGCGAGGAGGAUGUUAGGCAGGCAUCUCUCUCUUUCCCUCACCUCCCCAUCUCCCUCUUUCGCCUGCUUGCCAAGCUGCUCAGUAGAGAUUCGGCGCGUAGGCCUCUAGCGCACGCGGUGUUGGAAGAGGUGGAGUGGAUAGAGAAAGGUAUCGGUGUGGGUGGUUAUGGCGCUGCUUAUUCCAAUCACUCUGCUGCUCACACUCACACUCACACUGCCAAACAAACACGCAAACUCCCUCCGCCACCGCGUAUACUACCGCGAAUACUGCCGGCAAUACCAUUGAAGGGGUUGUAUAUGGCUGGAGGGGUGCUAGUGAAGCUGCAUUUAAUCACCGAGAAAAGAAAUAUCUGGUGGAAGGUGUUGGUGACGCUGCUGAUAGCGGUGGAUGUGGAGAGUGUGAAGAGGAGUAAAAGCAGCGUGCUGGUGUUGCUAAGUACGCUUUUGCUCACAACGAUGACACCAACCAAUGUACUCGGACUGCUGAUGAUGAUUGGCAGUGGCGUUAUAUUCACCUACUACACGCUUUGGGUGUUUGUGACUCCAGCUAUAUCCGCACACAGCGCAAUACAGGCAUACUUCCCAGACAGAUAUUGGGCAGUGAGGAUACCCGCGGGGCUAUUGCUGCUGGGUUUAUCCACGGUUGGGAUCUUUGCAAGCUACGUGGUGUAUCAGGAAUCGAGGAAGAGGGCAAAUCAAGGAAUAAAAAGAAGCUAA